CUAAGAAGACAAUAUUUAGUAGUGGUGGUGUUAAGGAUAUGAUGAAAUUAAUCUUUUCCUUGCACGUAUGCACAAAUAAAUUGAAUUAAUAUUUUAUUCCCAUCCACAUUAUAUAUAAUUAUUGUAUGAGUUUUGGGUGCAGAAAAUGGUGUUUGCCUCUUGCUGCCUCAUCACCACUCUAUCCUUCCAAUCCACUGCAAGACAUCGAAGUUAUAAUAACAAUUGCUUGCAAGAUUAUUCAUCAAUGGGGAACUGCUUCAAUAUUUCUUCUUCUUCUGCAACUUCUGUUUCCCAUUCAUUCUCUAAUAAGAACAUCGCCAUGUCGCUACCGGUUGACAAUGCCUUUCGCCUCCCUUCUCCUCCUUUGCCCGCCUGGCCUCCAGGUGGGGGAUUUGCAAGUGGAGUUAUUGAUCUUGGAGGACUAUUAGUUUCUCAAGUUUCAUCUUUCACUAAGGUUUGGGCUACCACCCAAGGCGGGCCGGGCGAUACCGGCUUCACCUUCUUCGAGCCUUCAUCGGUACCCGACGGUUUCUAUGUGCUCGGAUCCUAUGCCCAGCCCAACAAUGUCCCUCUCUUCGGACGUGUUCUUGUUGGGAAAGACGUCUCUGGAGGUGCUUUAAGGACUCCCACAGACUAUACCCUCGUGUGGCACGUCGAGGGUAGUCCUCAGAGUCCUUUUCCCUGCUACGUUUGGCUCCCAGUUUGUACCCAAGGGUACGAACCUGUGGGUUAUCUGGUCACAACCACUCCCGAGAAGCCUUCUGCGGAUGGAAUCAGGUGCGUUCGUUCUGAACUCACUGAUGUGUCGGAGGCGAACGUGUGGAUUUGGGGUGGUGAUGGGGUGAAUAUAUACACUUCUAGACCGCAAGUCCGGGGGAUGGAAGCCCACGGAAUGGCGACGGGUUCGUUCGUCCUCCAUUCCAACUCCUCAUCGUCUUCCACGCCAGCAUGCUUGAGAAACACAAACAAGAACUUCUCGUCAACGAUGCCAAACAUGGCCCAAAUUCGGGCGUUGAUGGGCUCAUACUCUCCGACAUUCCACUUCCACCCAGACGAGGAGUUCUUCCCCUCGUCCGUGGGAUGGUUUUUCGAAAAUGGGGCGUUACUGUACGCCAAAGGGAACGAGUCGAGCCCGGUCCGAGUCGACCCGAACGGGGAAAACCUCCCUCGGGGCGGCUCGAACGACGGCGCUUACUGGUUGGACCUCCCGACCAGUAACGCCGAGGACGUGAAAAAAGGAAACUUGCCGAACGCAACAGCGUAUCUACACGUGAAGCCCGCACACGGCGGGGCCUCCACCGACAUAGCAGUGUGGGUUUUCUACCCCUUCAACGGGGCCGCCGCCGCGAAGGUCGAGUUCCUAACGGUGAAACUCGGGAAGAUCGGAGAGCACGUCGGGGACUGGGAACACGUGACCCUUCGGAUCAGCAACUUCGACGGCGCCCUAACGGACGUCUACUUCUCGCAGCACAGCGGCGGCGUUUGGGCGAGCGCCGCUCAGGUCGAGUUCCAAGACGGAACUAACAAACCGACCGUGUACUCGUCCAAACACGGCCAUGCGGCGUACCCGAAACCCGGGGAGAACAUGCAGGGGAGCGGGGACGUAGGGAUAAGGAACGACACCGCGAGAGGCGGGUCGUUUAUCGACACGGGGUCGGACUUCUCGGUGGUCGCGGCGGAGUAUCUCGGAGGCGUGGAGGAGCCGCCGUGGUUGGAUUACGCGAGGGAGUGGGGGCCGAAGUUAAGCUACGAGAUAGAGAGGGAGAUGAAGAAGUUGGAGAGGUUUUUGCCGGGAAAGAUGAAAUCUGAAUUGGAGAAAAUUGCGAGGGAAAUUCCGAGUGAGGUUUUGGGGGAGGAAGGACCGGUGGGGCCUAAGUGGAAAGAUAAUUGGAGUGGGGAUGAAAGGUCUUCUUGAUAUUCAAUAAUUUUAGGGUAAUUUA